CUCAAAAAUUAUCAAAAUCCGAACUACCAAUUGGAGUUCUCUUCGUAUCUUUAACUAAAGGGAACGCAAAUCAAACUGUUUUGGACUUAAAAAAAAAUUCAUAGACUGUUGUCAAAGACUUACAUAUUAAUGAUGUCCAAAAUCACUAUUAAAGAGCUUAGUUUCUUUUUUACGAUGAUCUCUAUUCUCUUUCUUCAUUUUCUGCAUUUUAUUCUUGUUGCUUUGGUAAUGAGAACAGAGAGCAAAUAAAAUGGGUGGAAUCUCUAUCAAGUUCUUAAUACCCAUAUUCAGCUUCAUUCUUGUUUCUCUUUUCAUCAAUGUCCUGGGAGAAACUGGCACCAACAGAGAAGCACCUCAUCUCAUCAUUGGCGGCGUUGGAGGUGGUGGUUGCAACAAUCAAUAUUGCAGUACUCCACCUCUUACAUCUCAACGCCCUCCACACCCUCCACCACCACCGGCAGUACCACCAGUUCCUCCUCCAAAAAAUUUGGUUUUUGUUGAUCAAAGACUGGCUGUGGUGUACCCUGCUAUCCAGAAAUUCAAGAGCAUCAUCACCUCAGAUCCUCUCGGCAUCACCAAGUCCUGGCUAGGCUCAGACAUAUGCAACUACAAAGGCUUCUACUGUGAUACCCCCCCAGACAACAAAACAGCCAUUGCUCUUGCCUCCGUUGAUUUCAAUGGCUUUCAUCUCACUGCCCCAACCCUCGAUGGCUUUCUCGAUCAGCUACCCGAUAUUGCUCUCUUCCAUGCAAAUUCCAACAAUUUCUCUGGCACAAUAUCACCCAAAAUCUCAAACCUUCCAUAUCUCUAUGAGCUAGAUAUAAGUAACAACCAGUUUUCCGGGUCAUUUCCAACUGCUAUUCUAGGCAUGAACAGUCUAUCUUUCUUGGACAUUCGGUUCAAUUUCUUCACAGGGUCAGUCCCACCACAGUUAUUCAUGAAAGAUCUUGAUGUUCUCUUCAUCAACAACAAUAAUUUCAUGCAAAAGCUUCCUGAUAAUAUAGGCAGCAGCCAUAUCCUUUAUCUUACCUUAGCCAACAACAAAUUCUUCGGCCCAAUCCCACGAAGCUUUCCUAAAUCCUUGUCCACUGUGAGUGAAGUUCUGUUCCUAAACAACAUGCUAAGCGGCUGUCUUCCAUAUGAGAUAGGGUUUCUGAAACAGGCCGCAGUGUUCGACGUCGGCAACAACCAGUUAACCGGUCCGAUCCCAUUCUCAUUGGGCUGCCUGGAAAAUGUGGAGGUGGUGAAUUUUGCUGGGAACUUCUUGUUUGGUGUGGUGCCGGACGUGGUGUGUGCACUGGGAAAUUUGGUCAAUUUAUCACUGUCUGAUAAUUAUUUCAUACAAGUUGGGCCACUGUGUAGGAAGUUGAUUUUGAGUGGAGUACUUGAUGUUGGGAAGAAUUGCAUUCCUGGUCUUCCACUACAAAGAUCCGUGGCUGAAUGCGUGGCUUUCUUUGCUCAACCAAUAAAUUGCCCUUUCAUGCCGACAUACACUUUCAUUCCUUGUUUGCUUCCUCACUUUAGUUCUCCUCCACUGGGUCUUUCUGAGUUGGCUCCUUCUCCUUCUUAGUCUGCUCACACAUGUAUUUUUUUUCUUGUACUUUUUUUUUCAACGGUGAGGAAUGUUCAACGCUAAUGUUCGGGCUAACUUCCACACACAUCGACUAAUUCCCUCCCUGAUCCGAUCAAAGGUUAUCCAUGUCGAGAUUAGGGUAUUCAAAAGCAAUAAAUUCCUUAUAGUUUGACG